GAAUACCGCCCUUGGCGAAAUGCAUGUCGGGUAUUUUUAGGCUUUUACCACUUCCAACUUUGAAAGGGAUUAGUGCAAAUUUUGGAAGAUAAGAUGGUAAGAUGGAAUUGGACAAUAAUUUCAUUACAUAUCCUUAAUGUAAACGUACGGUUACUAGGCUACAGUACUUCCGGGAGACCUGACGAGUAUAUCUGCAGUUUCGUUUUAGUCAGACACAAAUAUUAGCUUUAAAAUAGUACAGUUUUAUAAUUCCUUCAAGUUUUCAUUGGCCCCUAAACGCGAUAGAUUAAUAUUACAUCUCUUUCGUCUGAAUGAUUAGAAUUGGUUCGUUAUAAAUCAAAAAGAAAGUUGGGAUAAUUUUAUGCUCUUUGGAAUUUUGAGCGAAAACAAUGCCAUGAGAGACUGCUGCUAGAGAUGAAACAAUGGCGACACAGGCUCAAGAUGUCAUUUACUGCGACUCCUGCUCGACAGCAGCUGCAGAAGUCCACUGUGAUUCCUGUCAAGUGAAAAUGUGUAGACCGUGUUCUGGGCAUCACGUGUCCAAUAGUCAUUCCAGAAAACACGAAAUCGUACCAUAUACUUCAAGAAAAAUAAAACACAAAGAGGCGAAAUGUGACCUUCACUCCGGACAAAUCUGUGAACUACAUUGCGAAGAUUGCAAUAUCCCCAUAUGCAGCAAAUGUGUAUUAUCUAAGUUGCACAACCAACAUGAAAUCAAAGAGUUAUCAGAAUACUUUGAUGGAAAAAAACGUGAUCUAAUAAAAGACACUAGUUUCAUGGAAAAUGAAAUUAUGCAACAUUAUGACAGCGCCCUUUCCAAAAUGAAAGAAGAAGCAGAGGAGUUAUCAAGAAGUCACGAGAUGUUGGAAGUUGGUAUUCAAGAGCAAGGAAAACGAUUGCAUCAGGAAGUUGAUGUUGCGAUCAAGAGAGAGCUAUCAUUAGCCAGAAAUAUGAAAAGCGAAGAUAUGGCUGCCAUGAAAGAUAGUGUAUCCCAUAUGGAGGAUCUUCGCUCUUCGUUGCAACAGGAAAUCGAGAGAAACAAGAAAAUUGUGAAGUCAGGCGACUAUUCUAAAAUUGUUUCUUUCAGAUCAGCAGUUGACAAGUUCAAAUUCAUGCCACCAAGACCGGCAUUGUCUAAACCUGUUUUCAAGGCUUCAGAGAUUAAAAAGAAAACAAUCAGACAACAGGUAGGAGAAAUACAAUCAUCCCCAAAAUCAGAAACGCCGGGAUAUCAAAUUAGGGAAGAUCAGGGCAAGAGGACGGCCUUGCUAAAAGAAGCCGGGGUCGUUACAGAAGUGGACACAGAGUUUGAAGAGCUUUGGCGAAUCGCCUUCCUUCACCCUGGUCAACUUUGGUGUAGUGGCGAUGAUAGUUCAGUGAAGAAAAUUGAUUUGAAAGGGUCAGUAUUGCAAGUCCUUGCAGAAUCUUGUGAAUUUCAUCCUCAGGACAUAUCCGUGUCGCCUGAAGGAGCAUUGUUCUAUACAGAUGUUGAUAGCCACUCCGUGUACAUCGUCCGGAAGAAAGAGAGGAAUGAAUUGUCCUUAAAAUUGUCCGGGUGGAAGCCAUGGAGUAUCUGCGCAUGUUCGAUGGAAAACAUACUUGUUGCAUUAAAAAAUGAUUCAUAUACUGAAGCAAAAGUCGUAAGAUAUGUCAAGGGCAAAGAGAAGCAAACAAUUCAGUUUGAUGACAAUGGUCAAGCUCUUUACUCCCCAGAACGUAGCCUGAUGUUUGUAGCAGAAAACCAGAACAACAAAGACAUUAUCGUCUCCGACAAAGCAUGGAAGCAACUUGUGGUGGUGAAUAAAUCGGGCAAAUUCAGGUUUAGAUACCCAGAAGGGAAGAGUUUCGUACCCAGAUGUGUAACCACAGACACUGGCGGAAGAAUAUUGGUCACAGAUGGCGAAAACAAUAGAAUUCAUAUUAUAGAUGCGGAUGGAAAAUUCAUAUCCUACAUAGACAACUGCUCUCUUAAUGUGCCAGUUAGCCUUACAAUCGACAAUGACAACACACUCUGGGUUGGAGAAUUUUACUCUGGCAAAAUAAAAGGCAUUCGGUAUUUACAAUAGAUUACAUGUGAAAGUACAUUGGGUCACAUUCCAAGCAUAUUUGCAUAGAAAACAUUGUCUGAAUCUUGUUUGAAAAAAAAGUCUAUAAUGAUGCCAAAAAACACGGAAUUCUAUAUCCACUGGAGUGUCUUCUAGGUGUCGUCAAAUACAUUUUUUGCGAAUUUAUUUGAAAUUGAAGUUAGUUUGACGAAUUUAUAUAUACAUAUUCUUUAUUAAGAAUAAGCGUAAACCCCUUAAAAUCUUCUAGAGAAUCGAGAAAUUGUAAUGUCUACACCCCUUAUUUAAAAUCAGCUUUAAUCAGCAUGAAAUCAAAGUUUACUUCAUAUCAUUUUGGAAAGGUGCGGUGUAUAAGUUGGAAGAUAUCAUUAAAGAAUUUUAGUGCGUUACAUAAUUGCUUUGGAAGAGGAAAAUGAAUCACAAAACCAUUGUGAACACGGUACUUGGAACUACUUGAGUGAAUAUUUACCUUAUAAUGUUCCAUCUCUAACAUUGUUUCAGCAUACCACUGAACAAGAACUCAAAUCUAUCAUAUGAAAACUCCCAAUAUACCAUGUGAAUUCGACCCUAUUACCGCGUCUCUUGUCAAAAAGUAUAUUGAACCAUUGCUUCCCUUGAUCACCAGGAUAGUCAACUCUUCUAAGUGUUUCCUUCUUUUUUUAAAGGAGGCGCUUUUUCGACCUCUUCUAAAGAAACCUGGACUUGACAAAGAGGUUUUGAAAAAAUAUCACCCAAUCUCCAAUCUAUCGUUUCGAGGAGAAAGUUGUGGCCAGUAGAAUGGAUAGUAACCUUGACUCAUAUUUUUUACCGGAUCCACUCCAAUAAACAUACCGUGCUCAAUAUUCUAAGGAAACCGCUCUCGUUAAAGUAUAUAACGAUAUCAUGUCGGCGCUCGAUCAACAAUCAACGGCAGUCCUUGUCCUUCUUGACUUGUCAGCAUCCUUCUAUGGUAUCGGCCAUGAAAUUCUACUUCAACACAUUUCCCUAUCCUCUGGAGUUAAAUGAAUGGAUAAGAUCCUAUUUAUAAGAUAGCCACCAGUGUGUUAUCAUUGGACCCAUUAGGUCAGAUACCCGUCAGUUACCUUUUGGUGUUCCCCAGGGAUGUGUUUUUGGACCCAAAUUAUUCUGUAUUUUCACUAGACCCAUAGGAACAAUAUGUCAUUGCCAUGAUAUGAAGCAUCAUUUCUAUGCAGAAGAAGAUUUACAAGUCUACAUGGUAAUCAGACCAGAAGAAAAGUGGGUAAACUAUGUAUCUCGCAUGGAAUCCUGCAUCAUAAACAUACAUUGUAGGAUCUUUGAUGACAUCGAACCUUAAUUCAAGACAAGACAGAACAAAUUCUAUUUUCAACAUAAGAAAACAUAGUGCCCCUACGCUACAGGUCAAAAGUACAACACGUGUGAAAAAUUUAGGCUUAUUUUUCGAUCAACAUUUUGCAAUGGAAAUCAGUCGUCAAAUUAUGUCAUAAUUAAAUCUUUAACAUCGGGCGGAUAAGACCCUACUUAACAAAUGAAGCUUGCAAACCCCUGGUAAACUCCUUUGUAACAUCUAAACUUGGAAACUGUCUUUAUUUCGGAGUUGGGGGGGGGGGGAUUAUUGAACCGGCUGCCACGGGUGCAGAAUAUUGUUGCUCGUCUAGUUACUAGGUCGCAGAAACGGGAUCACAUUUCCGAUUCUGGCGGAACUUCAUUGGCUUCCCAUCCAUUACCGACCCCAAUACAAUAUUUUUACCUAUACAUAUUCUUCCUUCCACGGAUCUGCGCCCUCAUGCAUCCCAAGUCUUUUAAAUGAAUACAAGCCAAGUCGAUCGUUACGAUCUGAAUCGAAGUCACGAAUUGAAGUGCCAAAAAUCGGACCAACAAAAUACGGACAACGCUGAUUCAGCUACGCCGCAGCACAUCUCUGGAAUGACCUUCCAGAUGACGUCAAGAAGUCAACAUCUUUUGAAUUUUUUAAAACACGCCUUAAACGCACUUUUAUGAAUUAGCUUUUAGAUUCUAACAUGUAUAAACUGUUUUGAUUAUCAAACACCCAUAUAAAAAGCCCCUUGAACUAUCGAUCUUAAUUAUAAUGUUUUAUUUUGAUAAUUUACAGAUGUAGAUCUUGGGUCAUAUUGUCGUUUAAUUCUAUGUAAUUAUGUUUUGUUAUCGCAUUCCUUUUCUUACCCUUGUAAAGCGCCAUUGAGUAAUUUGUUUUAUGUAAGGCGUUAUAUAAUUUUUUUUAUCAUUAAAUUAAGGUUUGGUGACAAUACGUACUAAUACAGCUUUACGGAAUUUUAAAUACAAUCGAUCGUUGAUAAUUCUUUUUAUCCUGGUAUUUUUUUUUUUCAUAAUGUUUUGAUGCGGAUCCAAUUGUUCAAAUUCCAAGUUAGAUAACUUCGAAAUUUCUGAAAUGUGCGUCUGCCUGUAUGAAGUAGCAUUUGCUUUUCAAUUUUUUCCCCACUCAUAUGGAGACGCAAGUAAGAUAACAAGUAAGAUAAUUUUUCACUCAUAUAGAGACGCUUACAUUUCCGGUGAAGGGCUGCAAAAUUAGGCAAACAUUUAAACAUUGUAUAUUUCAUCAUCACUUUAUCAUAUGUUAUACUCUGCAGUAGAUGUAUUAUGUUCAUAUAAGUAUAUGUUGUGAAACUUGAGAUAUUAUAUUUAUAAGACUAUAAGAUAUGAAAACUUUGAACUUUGAACGAUGAAAAACAUGAAUGUAACGUAUUUUUGCGAUUUUGAAUUCUAUAUAUUUUUGAAUUCUAUAUAUUUUUGAAUUCUAUAUAUUUUUGAAUUCGAAUGUUUUAUUUAGAAUUUUGUCAUUUGAUAUAGAAUUGACAUACUUUUAUUAGAAGUAGCUUUCUUUUUAAAACCCUCUGUUUAGAUACAAUACGUAAAAUUAUAAUAAUAAAAUAGAUUGUCAAAACAC